UACACCAUUUUUCUCUUGCUCCACUCUCUUUUCACAUUAGUUGCCCCAACAUGGUACUGGAAAGAGCACAAAGUAUGUGAUCCUAGUCUGCUGAACAUGGUACCUUCUACUGGGUUCAAGAUCAACAGACAAUACAAGAUCAGUGGUUUAUUUCCUCCUUUCAGUAUGCAUUUCAUACAAAUUUCACAUUGUGACCAUGGGCAAGUUGACUACCAGAAAGUAAAAAGAACCAUGUCCAGCACAGACAUAGACUGGGAUAAGCCCUUCUGUAUGCUCAAGCCUAAGUUGGGAGAUGUACUAUCUUUACCACCCGAAGACACAGUAGAGAACUUGUUGCCUGGAAAUAAUGGUACGAUUUCUGGAUAUUCAGAAAUUCCUAAUAGUCGUUUAGAGCGUUUUGGUCAGUUUGUGAGGAAUAAAUUUGACAAGGCAUUGGAAUCGUUGACUGCGGGCAAGAGAAUCCAGUAUAAGGGGAAUAUAGCUUACCACCAUUUAGAGGAUAUCAAACAAGCUGAUCCGCAAUCUUCCUUUGAAUGGGAAUCACGAAACCUAGUUUGCUACAAGAUGGCUCGACGAAAGAAGUAUGCCAAGAGAGAUGUUUCUUUCUACAUGCCAAAUACUUUUGUAGGAGGACUUUUUGAAUGUCCUGUUCUGGCACAACAGAAGAAGACUUUGUUCCAACAGUUUGGCAAUGAAGAUUUUCUCAAAAGCCUUGAUUUUGAUUGUGAUAGUUCUUUGGCCAGACCAAUUCUACCCUUGAUUGCUCAAGAUAGUACUCAACAAUGGAUAGAUACCAAUUUCAAAGAUUUUCUUAACCCUUCGAUCGUCCAGACGAUACCUUACUUGGCCACAGCUUCUCCAUGGAAUCUACGGUUUUCCCUUAGUAACACAGCUGACAUGAAUAGCGACACAUGGGCAACCAAAAUCGAUGUUAAUGAACAGUAUGUCUAUUCUGAGCUGGAGGUGCAUGUUAUAUCUCGUGCAGUGGCUGUUUCUGCCGAUUACUUGAACAGAAUCAUCUCUCCUAUUGAUAUCAACAAGUUUCUGCAGAGAUAUAAUAACUGGCUCUCUAAGUCCCAGCAAUGGGAGAAUCCUAUUUUAGAAGAAGGUGAUAUGACCAAGAUCAUGCUGAGCCUCUCAUUUGACCAAAGGUUGCAGCUCAUUAUCUCAAGCAAGACCAGGAAGGUUGCCAUGGAACAAAUACAGAAGCUUCAGGACUUGUGGGAUCAACUACAA